AUGGCCACUAGUAUAGUGGCAAAUGAAUUAGUUGCUGUCGCUGCCACCCCGUCAACAGUAAUCCAGAAGUCAAACGUCAGUUGUGUCUACGAAAAUGACGUCUCACUUCAACUUGCUCGAGUUAUCUGCACACAGAUUCUUAUGCCCAUUGUUUGCAUUGUCGGUGUUACUGGGAAUAUUUUGAAUAUUGUCGUUCUUAAAACUGUCACAAUGCGUUCCUCGACAUCGUGUUAUCUAUGUGCAGUUGCGAUCUCGGAUCUACUCUACAGUAUCAAUGGCCUCCCAUUAACACUACGAACAUAUCCAGCUAUUGAGAAGUCGGCAAUUUAUAUGAAAGCGCUAACCUACCUCCUGGCGUUUGGCAAUAUGUGGAGUAACAUCACGGCUUGGUUGACCUGUGCUUUUACGAUCGAACGAUUUAUAGCAAUAUCCACUCCUAUCCGAUCGCGAAAAAGUUUAUCCAGCAGAAGAACACAGUGGAAUAUAUUUUUUGUUAGUUUACUUGUUGUACUCAUUACCCUUCCAGAUUUCUUCCAAAGAAAAAUAAAAUUGGCCCAAAGAGCCUGCAUGGAAAGCAAUCAAUCUGCAAUCGAUUACUCUCAAAAUGUGGAUCCUUGCAUUGGGACUUUCUAUGUUCUAGAGCCAACUUGGAUUGGCAUUCAGCUGGAUGGAUUUGGAUGGUCCUACGUCAACGUUGCUCUAUUUGUCUUCUUUCCUCUAAUUAUACUCGCUAUUUUUAAUGCUCUUCUUAUUAAAUCUGUUAUUAAAGCCCACCGCAGAAGAAAUGAAAUGCUUUCUGCCGCAGUAAGAUUUAAGGGCGAUAGAAGACAAAGGACAGAUUCACCGUCUACACAUCCGCAUUCAACAAGAAAGGAACUUGCAUGGAGGAAAUGGUGGAUUACACGACAAUAUUAUCACCAGAACUCAAUGAGAAGAUCUCCACUUUCUACACAUCCUCCACCUGAUGUAACAUCAGAAGAAAAUACGGUUAAUACCCAAACAUCGGUAGGAUCAGCCGCAACGACUGAAGACUUACCAGUCAACACCUUUCAUAAUGAGCCUUCGGAAACGACGCAUUGCUUUCGAUUUCGAAGAUGCGACGCUGCACAUAAACGUGAUUUGCCAAACAUCUGCCGCUCCUCACAUCAAGACAAACAAUCAAUUACAAUUACGCUAAUAGCAGUUGUCGUCGUAUUUUGUAUACUGAACUUUCCAAGUGCAGUUAUACACUUGAUUAGACUGUGGUUUGAAAAUUCCGACCCACGAUUAAAAGCCUUUGGAAAUGUUUCCAAUCUUCUUCUUAUGCUGAAUGCUUCCUUGAACUUUUUCCUCUACUCCUUGUUUAGUGCACGCUUCCGAAGGUCCUUCAGAAUUUUGUUGAGGAAGAAUCAUUGUUGA